AUGGCUGUUCUGAGCGGGCAUUGGUGUCGAGCAGGGAUGGUGACUCAGACAUGGCUUCGUCUGGGAUUUCACGAGCAGUCUGGGGCAAGUCCUUUUAUGCGAGGUGGGGGUGGGGGCGAGGAGAGGGAGGAAAUGAAGAGCGCGACACUUUAUCACUGGGACCUGCCCCAAGCCCUGCAGGAUAGGGGAGGCUGGCUCAACCCUGAAAGCCAAGACUGGUUCAUGGAUUACGCACACAUAUGCUUCGAGGCAUUCGGCGACCGGGUGAAGCUAUGGAUCACCUUCAACGAACCGGCGGGAGUUGUAUGCGGGGGAUAUGGCUCCGGAGAUGCUCCCCCAGGCAUCAAUGAUGCACCAGCCGAGAAACCUUACCAGGCGGCUCGUAACAUCCUUCUUGCCCACGCGAAGACUUAUCGGCUGUAUCAAGAGGAGUUCUCUGCUUCCCAAUUUGGUCAAGUCGGUAUCUCGUUGAGCUCGGAUCACUUCGAGGCGUUGAACCCGGCGGACCCAGAGGAUGUGGCAGCGGCAGCCCGUCAGACGGAGUUCUGCCUGGGAUGGUUCGCCGAUCCCAUCUACUUCGGCAACUACCCGCAGUCCAUGAUCGACAAGAUCGGAGAGAAGAGCGAGGCUCAGGGAUAUCCGAAAUCCCGGCUCCCCGCCUUCACGGCUGCAGAACAGGAGAUGCUGGCCGGCACUGCCGACUUCCUCGGCUUGAACACCUACACGUCCACCUAUGUAAAAAAUCAUGCGAAUAGCCCUGAUUGUGUCAGUUAUGCAUGCGAUUCCGACACAAGAGGCUCCUCGGAUCCUUCCUGGUAUGGGACGGGAUCGGAUUGGCUGAAAUUGUAUCCGCAAGGAACGAGGAAACUCUUGAACUACAUCAAGGACCGGUACGGGAAUCCGGAAGUAAUAAUCACGGAGAACGGGAGCAGCGACCGGGCCGGGAACCUGGACGAUGCCCUCAGGAUCUAUCAGCUCAAACAUUACAUCAACAACAUCCUCAAAGCGGUGCUAUUGGAUGGGUGCAACGUGACGGGAUACACGGCCUGGACACUCAUGGACAACCUGGAAUGGAAUGCAGGCUUCUCGUACCUCCUCGGUCGUAAGCGACCGCAGGGAAAAGAGGUCGACGGGCCCUCUGAUUGGUCCCAGCAGGUGACCUUUCACCUGCUGGGACCAAUCAGAUCAGGCGAUACGUGGGAGCGCUGUUUCAUUCGCAGGCAGAAGUUUGGACUGCACUACGUGGACUUUGAGGACCCAGAGAGGCCGAGGACCCCGAAGGCCUCGUCUCGCUUCUUCAGGCUGCUCAUUCGAGACAAUGGAUUCAUCAAGGAACAUCUUUGUGAAUAUUGA